AUGGAGCACCUGUGGUCUCUCGGGCCCUCAGCGCUGAGGCUCGUGGAGGCCGCGGUGGUGCGCUGCCCCGCCUGUCCCGCGUGCCCGCCGUGCACGUGCCCCGCAGUCAGCUGCGCGCUGACCUGUGCGGGACCCGCCAGCACCAGCCUGAUCGUGGUGCAGGAGCGGGACUGGCUGGGGAUCUCUGCUGCCUUCCUUUUCGGCAUCGCGCUGCUGCGGUGCUGGGACUGGUGCCGCGUGGCUUACACCAGGCGCCAGAAGAGCCGCGCCGAGGGCGCGCUCGAGCCGCCCGCCCCCGCACGGACACCACAGGUGCCGGCCAACGCAGCGGCGGGUAGAGUUGUUCCCGUGCCCGAGCCGCCUUCGGGGGUGAUGGAGCGUUCUUUGGAUAUCAAAGAGUUCCAGGUGCUGGUCCAUUUCCCGGACGACGCCAACGGCUUCUAUUGGCACAUGAGGAUCCUCUUGGUCAGGGCUGGCGCUGCUGGAGUGUGGGUGACGCUCACGCCGACGCUCGAGCUGUUCACACACGACUUGAGCAAGAUUCGUCACAUCGUCCUUGGUCGUAAUGCAGCGUGGCCAGCCCGCGUGAAUAGGAAUAAGAUUUUCAGCUUCGACCCCAUCACGCGCGCCAAGCUGAACCAGUUCAUCCAGUUGGCGAGGGCGCAGGCGCGCGUGCUGGCUGACGACGACAUGGACGCCGAGGCUCCCGACAUGAUCUGGCUUCGCGCUGGGCCUGGCCUGGAAAAGUUGGGCGAGGUUGUGCCGCAGGAGGUGGUAGACGACCAGGGGCGCUUCUCAGAGAUUGGAGACUCGGCCGUGGCGGAGGUGAACGGCGCCGUGAUCUGGGCCGCCAGGGUUGACGCUGGCGAGCGCGAGGCCUGGGCCAAGGAGCGCCAGGCUGCAGAGCGCGACGACAGGAUCAUCGGCGUGCACCUUCGGAACGGGAAGCGUUCCAUCUUGCUCAAGGAGGCCUUGGCGCUGUAUUCGCAGGCCGGUGGCUUCGAGGUGUACGAGCGCAGCUGGCAGCACGACUCUGGCGUGUACCCUGGACUCCACCACCACAGCCAAUCGAUGGCGGACGAGUGCUGCCAGCUCUUCCACCUCGGCUAUCCUGUCAGCGUGGGCUGA